GCGGAGGCGCUGCGGCGGCGGGUGCGGGGGGGUUCGGUCCCAGCGCGGGUGCGGCUCUCGGGCGCGGACCCCGCUCGUCCGCACCCUGCUCCGGCCUCGACCACGGCGAGCCCCGAGCGCGAGCGCGGCGGCGCACCCUGCGGCGACAGGGAGAGAUGAGCAGCAACAGCAAUAAGAGAGCUCCAACGACAGCAACACAGAGGCUGAAACAGGACUACCUUCGCAUUAAGAAAGACCCGGUGCCUUACAUCUGUGCUGAGCCCCUCCCUUCAAAUAUUCUCGAAUGGCACUAUGUUGUCCGAGGCCCCGAGAUGACUCCUUAUGAAGGUGGCUAUUACCAUGGAAAGUUAAUUUUUCCCCGAGAGUUUCCUUUUAAGCCUCCUAGUAUUUACAUGAUAACUCCAAAUGGAAGGUUUAAGUGCAACACGAGGCUGUGUCUUUCCAUCACGGAUUUCCACCCAGAUACCUGGAACCCAGCCUGGUCUGUCUCCACCAUUCUCACUGGGCUCCUGAGCUUCAUGGUGGAGAAAGGCCCCACUCUCGGCAGCAUAGAGACUUCGGACUUUACGAAAAGACAGCUGGCAGCACAGAGUUUAGCAUUCAAUUUAAAAGAUAAAGUCUUUUGUGAAUUAUUUCCUGAAGUUGUGGAGGAAAUUAAGCAAAAACAGAAAGCACAAGAUGAACUCAGUAGCAGGCCCCAGAAUCUCCCCUUGCCAGAUGUGGUUCCUGACGGGGAGACGCACCGUGGCCAGAAUGGGAUCCAGAUCUUAAAUGGGCAUGCGCCAGGAGCUGGCCCAAACCUGGCGGGGCUCCCACAGGCCAAUCGGCACCAUGGACUCCUGGGCGGCGCCUUGGCGAACUUGUUUGUUAUAGUAGGGUUUGCAGCCUUUGCCUACACCGUCAAGUAUGUGCUGAGGAGCAUAGCACAAGAGUGAGGAGGGAAAGCCCUAACCUGCGGCCCCUGGGCACAGAGAGCUUAACGCGGGCAGGCCGAACAUGCUGCCCGCGCAGAGCAGCCCACUGGACGUCACAGGCAACAGAGAGCUUAACAAGCAGGCAGGCUGGACAUGCUGCCCGCCCAGAGCAGCCCACCGGACUUACGAGUUUCACUUUCUAAAAACUCUAAAAAGAAAGCGAAAAACCAAAAUGUGUGAUUUGGAGGAGAUGCAAGAUCCAAGCUCCCUCUUCUCACCUGUGUGGUGUGGUGUCUGUUGGGGGCAGGCACUGGCUAGGGUCCCCAUGCUAUGGUUUUAUAGCUUAUCUCCUGUGUUGUCUUUGGACCUGUUUAGUAAACUUGUUUUUCAUUUUAUUAGAUUUGGUCACUUAAAAAUAUAAAACUCAUUGCCUAUCAAA